AUGGCUGAUUGGUCCAAUCUACCAACAGAGCUCCUCGGCUUAAUCGCCCUCCGUUUGCUGUCCGUCUUGGACAUCAUCCGCUUCCGUAGCAUCUGCACAUCUUGGCGCUCCUCUGCCUCUCUCCCGGCCGGCAACAUUCCCCGCCCUCUCAUCCUCCUUGAUCCCCUUGUUAUCCGCAGCAAUCAAAAUCCCGACCAAAAAAUACGAAUCCCUGACGUCCGCGUGGUGUCAUGCGCCACUUUCUCUCGUGUCACUCUCUCCUCCUCCUCGAGCAAAGGAUGGCUGAUCAAACACGACCCCGACCUCAACGACAAGACGUUCCGUCUCCUAAGCCCUCUCUCCCGCUUCCCCUUCCGCCUCUUUCGGUGCAGAAGCAUCGACCUGUUGAAGUUCAAUGUCACCGAGAUCCAACCAACCUAUAUUGUUCAGAAGCAGCGCAAGAAGCAAGCGGAUAUAAGAUUCAUAAGAGCGGUUGUUGAGAGAAGAAACGAUCGGCUUGUGGUGAUCUGCUGCGACAGGAAGGUUAGUCCUGCUCGUGGUGGUAUCUUUAGGUAUGGACCUGCGCUCAAUGAUGACAUCGUUAACUCUUGUAGCUGGAGAGAGAGAAGCUUAGUGGGAGGAGCUUGUGGAGAGUUAUACAUUGUUGAUCGUAUCGUUGAAGAUAAUCGUGAGCAAAUAAAAUUUGCAAAGUCUUACGGGUAUAUUACCAAAGUGGUACGCGACGAUGUUGGGGACACGCAGCUGGAAAGAGAAGAAGGAGGGUUUUAUCCAAGAACUUUGGGUUUCAAGGUUUACAAGAUCGAUGACGACUCGUGCCAGUGGAAGGAAGUCAAGUCUCUGGGAGGUGAUGCGUUUGUGAUGGCUAACGAUGCGAGUUUCUCGGUUAAGGCUAGUGAGUACUAUGGAUGCCUUGAAAACUCUAUCUACUUCACCGACGAGCAUGAAAGUUCUAAGGAGUAUGGGAUUAAGGUGUUCAAGCUAGACGAUAUCACGACUAUGUUUGGAUAUUAUCAGGGUUGUUUCCAAAUGUUUUUUCCUAAACGUCGCUGGAAUGUUGUUGUUUAG